UUGUUCCGGUUGUACUUGAUAGUUGAUCAUACUCACUUCCUUAGGACACCUCAUCUUUUCCCUAUUAUCUGUACUGUUAUUGAGUUCUUCACAGCUUUUCUAACAGCUGUAACAUUCCACAAUGGUUAUAGCGAGUUUGACCCGAAUACUCUUCCGUUCAAUCUUUCACAGGAGCAGUUGGAUUACAUGUCAAUGAGGACAGUUGCAUCUUAUAAAAUGAAAACCUUCAAAGAAAUAUUUUAUCCGGUGUAUUUCGUUUCGUUGGCUCUGCUAGUUGGAGUUUUGAUUGUAUUAACUGCUCUUGAGAUCGUUCGUACUAUCCAUAAGAAACAAAGCCUUAUGUCUACCGGUGCAUCCAAUCAUCAUCUGAAAGUGCUCAAAACCCUAACGAUCCAGGUGGUUUGUACCCUUUCCUUGUCUUUCAUUGCUCCUUUCGCAAUAGCCCUUUCUAUCUUUAUCCCUAUAAGUUCAACCGUAGUUUAUGGUUGCUCGUUACUGUUGGGUACUAACUCUUUGGUCCAGUCUGUUCUCAUCAUCUGUUUGAACCCAGUUUCCCGGAAAACUGUUCUGACUCUCAUCUGCUUUCAUAAACCUGAAUCACGAAAGACUACUGUACGAGUAGAUGUGAAGUAG